UUUGUUGGAACAGUAAAAUGAUACCUUGUCUCUUGAUUUCAGGUUGCAUUCACAGGAACCACUUUUAUUGGCUACGUAGGAUUAUGGACUGGUCAGAGUCCACACAAGUUUACAGUUUCUGGUGAUGAACGAGAUAAAGGCUGGUGGUGGGAGAAUAUGAUUGCUGCCCUUUUUGAGAGAUACUCUCCAGUCAGCUGGCUUAUCCGCACUACGCUGAGUGAGUCGGAAAACUUUGAAGCAGCCGUUUACAAGUUGGCCAAGACUCCCCUCAUUGCUGAUGUCUAUUACAUCGUUGGUGGUACAUCCCCCCAGGAGGGAGUGGUCAUCACCAGGAACAGAGGUGGCCCAGAAGACAUUUGGCCUCUAGAUCCUUUGAAUGGAGAGUGGUUCCGAGUUGAGACAAAUUAUGACCACUGGAAGCCAGCACCCAAGAGAGAUGACCGGAGAACACCUGCCAUCAAAGCCCUUAAUGCUACAGGACCAGAAAACAUCAACCUGGAGACACUUUUCAAGGUUUUGUCAGUGGUUCCAGUUUAUAACAACUAUACAGUUUAUACUACAGUAAUGAGUGCUGCCAACCCAGAAAAGUACAAAACGAGCAUCAGAAACAUGAGCUGAACGUAAAUUUUUUAAAAAAUGAAAUUCUUGAAGAACUGCACUUAAAAAAAAGACAAAGUGGAAGUAUUUUAUUAUUUUAUGAACAAUACAGACUCCUUCCUCAUUAUACUUUUCAACCUUAUGAAAUGGGGGUCAGGCGUCACUUCGGUGGCAUUUUGAUGGAAUGGGUAAUAGCAUUGUUUUGCAUUCUCUUCUCUUCCUCGUCAUCUUGAUUUUUUUUUUUAAGCUUCUACUCUGGCUUUAUUCCCAGCUUCUCAUGAUUCUGUUAUCAUAUCUCUGCUUAUCCCCUAAAGAAGUCAGCUAGAAUUACCUCUUUGUUCAUUAUGAAGUGCUUCUAGAAGAGCCCAGUUAAAAAUUUCUUCUAAGGCUUAAAUAGGUCAGGGUCAGUUGUAGAACUGUACAUGCAUGAGGGCCCAGAUUCUAUCUCCAACACCACACACACACACACACACAGGCAGAAGGAUUUCUUUAAAAAAAAAAAAAUGGAGAGCUCUAUUUUGAAUAGAGCCUGUUUGAAGGUGUGUUCAUGGAACCUUUGGUUGUAUAUUUCCAUGUGAUGGGAUUCUCACUUUUUAUAUUUCUAAUGUUUUUACUUCAACCAGUGGACCUUCUUUUUUUCUAAAUAAUUUCUUACCACUUUUUAAGGGGAGUAUGAAAUCAAGUCAUUUUUAAUAGUUACUUAUCAUUUGUUAAUAAAAUGUUGGAAGAGAUGUUGGCAAGGAGAAUAAAACUGUUUUUCAAGAUACCAA